GCUGCGUGGCCCCACCCCGUCUCUCUUCAGCGCUGUCUAUCUCCUCAAUGUAGGCUACCAUUCUCGGAGAGAGAGAAAGGGAGAAAAUAAUAACCUCCAAGAAUUGGUUAUUCCUGUCUUUCACCUUCCACGACCAGCGGCCAGGAGAGGAGCGGCCUUCGCGGUGGGAAUGUGCUGCUACAACUACCCCGCGUCCUAUUUUUUUGUGAAUGUAAAUGCACAUGUAGUCUCAGGCUUGUAGCCUAUUUACCCACCUCGGAUUCAAGAGGAAUAUACAUAUAUAUAUAUAUAUAUGUGUGUGUGUGUUUGUAAGAGAGUGUGUAUGUGUGUACACAUAUAUAGGCCUUAUGUAGGCUAUAAAAACUGAGCCUGACAGCGGGGGUUGCUUCUUCACCUGCAAGAAACGUGGAUACAUUUCGAGGGAUUUUCGCAUCUUGGUCACGUUUUCUUUUUCUUUUCUUUUUUAGUUUUUUUUUUAAUGAUUUUUUUCUUGAAGGGAUUCUUCAAAACCGAAACGGGAAUUUAAAAGAAGUCUAUCGGUGCGCAGUUUUGGAGGCUCGGUGGUGAUGCGAGGGGCUGAUAACACAUUUCAGCAACAAAAGCGAGGGGCAGGGAGAGAGAGAAGGCCCUUUGGAGGAGAAAACACGGCAAGGAACAGCCAUCACAAAUAAGGAGGACAAAUCAGGGGUAUUUGAUCGUUUCGGAGUUGGAGGUGGUGGGGGAUCCAGCCGAAAAGACAACCGCAGUGAGUUUGGAGCGGUUUUGGCUUGAUUUGAUGCAGCAAAUGAAAAGGAGCCGGAUGACGACGGAAGCAAUGAGAAGAUCACACAUGUAGCUCGUUUGGGUGUAAAUAUUAUUUUCCUUCCUCCUCUCCUGCUGGGGCCCCCGACGAAGACAGCCGUCGGGGAGACAGAGAAAUAGAUAGAGGGUAUAAGUGUUCACAUAUGGAAAUGUUUAUCAUGAAAGGAGACGUGGAAACGAGCCGCGCCACAGCACGGGCGAGGUUUUCGGACACGCCGACUUCGGCUCCUUGUCACGGGCAGCAGUGAGACGCAAGACCCGGGCUUUUGGAGAUGCAAAUUAGGCUGUUCCUUCUGCCUCCGUUUGAGGUGAAACCCCGGUUUUUUGGUGUCUUAACAGACGUUGUGGAUUACAGUUGCUAAUGUUACACAGUUGACGGGGGGAGAGAGUGGGAAAACAAAACAAAAACUAUACUGCAUGUUAAAGGAGGAAAAAGCCCGAGCAGGAUUCAGCAAACUGAGAAGGCGGCCUCGGUGUCGUCAGCAACAGUAUCCUGCCCUUUCUCUGACAGCAAAAUACGCGUUAUGGACACAUAAUUUCUACAGUGCUGCACCACGGACAGUUUUUGGAGCCGGCCGGGGACGUUAAACUGUGCAAAUGUGGGAGACAUUGCUGCCAAAUCCGCAUGUCAAACAAGGGAUCUAGACUAGUUUAGUUUAUUUAUUUAUUUUCUUUCUACAUACCCCCUCCCUCCCCCCUCCACCUCCCCCUCCCCCCCCUCCCCCUCCUCCUCCUCCUCCCCUGGAUCCCCUUUUUUCUUUUUUCUUGCGGGAAGAUGGGUUGUUUGGGCAACAGUAAGACCGAAGACCAGAGAAAUGAGGAGAAGGCACAAAGAGAAGCAAACAAAAAGAUAGAGAAGCAGCUCCAAAAAGACAAGCAGAUAUACAGAGCAACACACAGACUACUACUUUUAGGAGCUGGAGAGUCAGGAAAGAGCACCAUAGUGAAACAGAUGAGGAUCCUGCAUGUCAACGGCUUUAAUGCAGAAGAAAAGAAGCAGAAAAUUCAGGACAUCAAGAAUAAUAUUAAAGAGGCUAUUGAGACCAUAGUAACAGCGAUGAGCACCCUGGCACCGCCAGUGCAGUUGGCGUGCCCACAGAACCAGUACCGGAUCGAAUACAUCCUCAACCUCGUCAGCCAAAAGGACUUUGAGUUUCCAUCUGAGUUUUACGACCAUGCAAAGACACUGUGGCAAGAUGAGGGGGUCAAGGCAUGCUAUGAGAGAUCCAACGAGUACCAGCUAAUCGACUGUGCACAAUACUUUCUAGACAAGAUCGACAUAGUGAAACAGAGUGACUACACACCAACAGAUCAGGAUUUGUUGCGGUGCAGAGUUCUGACCUCAGGAAUCUUUGAGACAAGAUUCCAAGUGGACAAAGUAAAUUUCCAUAUGUUUGAUGUUGGUGGUCAAAGAGAUGAACGCCGGAAAUGGAUUCAGUGCUUUAAUGAUGUAACAGCCAUCAUCUUCGUGGUGGCAAGUAGCAGUUACAACAUGGUGAUCAGAGAGGACAAUCAGACCAACCGUUUACAGGAGGCUCUCAACCUCUUCAAGAACAUCUGGAAUAACAGGUGGCUGCGGACCAUCUCUGUCAUCUUGUUCCUAAAUAAACAGGACCUGCUGGCAGAGAAAGUGCUGGCAGGGAAGUCCAAAAUCGAGGAAUACUUCCCUGAAUUUGCUCGAUACACCACACCUGACGAUGCGACACCAGAGCCUGGAGAAGAUCCACGUGUUACAAGGGCAAAGUACUUCAUAAGAGAUGAAUUCCUGAGGAUCAGCACAGCAAGUGGGGACGGGAGGCACUACUGUUACCCCCACUUCACCUGCGCCGUCGACACGGAAAACAUCCGCCGUGUCUUCAAUGACUGUCGAGACAUCAUCCAGCGGAUGCACCUGCGGCAGUACGAGCUGUUGUGAUGGGAGAAGAAAAGUGUUCAGUCAAAAACACAUCGGACUACGAAAAACCCUGAAGUCUCUGAACUCCCCUCUUCCACAGAAGUUUGUGAGCUCUUGAGAAGGAACGGGGGCCAAAAUGCACGCGCACACACAUACAUAAAGACACACACACACUUACAGUACACAGACCCAUGAACCCAGAACUUCCCCUGACGCACUCCCCACCUGCAAUAGACAGAGCUAUCUAUAUGGAAGGGUUUUAUUGGUUAACACAUAAACGGACUCUGAUCUCCACCUGCAGCCAUAGUCCCAGCUCCGCACCUUUCGACACCAUAUAUCGUCCCCAUACGUGUUAUCUUCAACUUUCUAGAAACCCUGAGUGGCCCAGUUUGGGCUGUGUUUCCUGCAGUGAAGAGGGCUUGAGCCACGGCUGAGAUUGUGAGAUCUCCGAUCUUGUUGCGGUCGGUAUGAAAAGUGAGCGAGCUGCUACAUCAGUGCAACUGGGAAAGAGAUAACUGUUGAAUUACUGCAAAUAGAGAACAAACACUUCAUGACAGAUCAGCGGAACACUGUAUCUAACAAAAAAACGCACUGUGCUCAGGACUUGACUCAAACCGUGUACACCUUCCUUUCACUUACACACAUCCAUAAAUCCAAACACAGGAUCUGCUUGCACACAGAAACGUAUCACACCUGCUUUUUACUGGACUGCACAACCGGGUUGGAUCCGGAAAUGUACUGAUCUGCCGACGAGCGGCAGGCUGGUUGAGCUGUCAGCUGAUUUUUCUGGCACAGUGUUUUGAGAUUAAACAGACUGCACAGCCGAGCCCCAAGGAGCGGCACAGACUAAACGGACCAGGGGUGUGUUGUGCUCAGUCUGGCCGUGGGGGGCGGGACGGGGGCUUCACUGAAACGGGACAGACACGACUCCAGUGUGAACUUCUCUGAUGGCGUUUGACAGAGACGACGAUGACAGCCCCUCGACUCCACAGAACUAUUUUGCCACCUUGACUUUGCCUUGUUGGUAGUGGAGCAAAACGUGAGGAGGAUACAUUGAAUUUAAACAAACAAAAAGAAACAAAAAAAAAAGCCAACUUUUAUGGAACUUAACUAAACGGAGGGCAAAAAGCAUCCUUCUACAGUACCAUAUAAGUUAAAGAGAACUCUGAUCUUGUCAUGAUUGACCCUGUUUUACUGUCUCCACAGCUGUUUUUGUCUGUGUGGACUUUUGUGCCAUUGUGCCCUGUGCGCUCUCUUUCUUUAUCUUUACUCUCUCUGUCUGUCAUUCUCUCCUUCAUUUCACCCCUGUUCUUUCUCCUCCGAUGCUUUUUCUCUCCAUCACUCUCCAUCUUGACAUUUCUCCCCCUCUCUCUCUCUCUCUUAUUUUCUCCUCCCAACCACCACAUCCCCAUCUGCACUUUUACCUUCCUGGCAGUACUCUUUCAAGAGAAAAUAAAACAUAAUCCUGGAAUAUAAAAAAAAAAGACGACAACAACAAACAGGACACUUUUUUUUUUAAACUUGUGGUCAAACAGCCUGCUCACACCUCCCUCCCAUCUUUCCUCUUCUCUCCUCCUCCUUCCUGGACCCCUCGCUCCUUUGUAUGUUUGUCUUUACAUUACUGCUGAACUAUUAUUCUUGUACAGACUGUAAAAUGUAUUAUUUUGUACAACUUUAUUGAAAAAAAUAACUUUUAGAAGAUCCCUGUGCCUUGAUCACGACUGUACGUGUGUAAUGAGCUAAAGUGGGUGUCAUACUGCGCUGUAUAGCUUGGCCAAUCCCCUCCUAACUCCCAGCCUCCUUUGCCACUUCCUUCUCUCUCUCUUCUUUUAUCCCUCUCUCACUCUCUCCACUGUCCUCUCUCCUCUGGGACGGAGGACACCCAUUCGUAGCUUUUGUAGUUUUAUUUCUCUCCCCAAUCCUCCCAUUCUCUCUUUAUGAUUUAAAUGUCUAUUUUUGAAUCCAUAUACCCCAAAAAGAUAAAUAUAUGAAAUGUAUAUGGGUUUUAAAAAAAAGUAUUUUAUUAGAAUCAAAUGAACCUUGACAAAUUGUACACUUGACAGUGUGCGUAUUGCUAUAACUUAAAUCCUUUCAACUGAAGUUGUGUUCAGGUUUCUUUUGUUUUCUUCCGUUGACAUCUGCAAAGGACAUUUUUGAAGGGUUAAAACAUCGCUUGUUUCUACACAGAUCUUAUUCUUUUGCUAAAAAAAGGGCCAAAAAAUGACAAAAAAAAAAAUAAUAAUUUCAAUUUAUUUUCUGAUGAGGGAGGGGGGUCCUCCUUCCUAGCCUUGCAAAGCAGAGGCGGCCUGUACAGUAUUAGCAUCUCUCUCAUUUCAGUGCCCGAGUCUUCAUUUAAUGUGUACAUCAAAUAUGGGUCUCUACUUUCUGAACAGAAGCUCUAAGAAAUAAAGGUUUUUUUUUGGUGCA